UCGCAGCCCGCCUCCGAUUAAUAUAAUCAUGUUUGGCGUGUAAUUAAAUCGAGAUUUUUCCAAAUUAAACCUAUUCACACAAUGACUGCGCCUGAGCAGCCAGUGAAACAAGAGGAAAUGGCUGCCUUAGACGUGGACAGCAGUCAAAGCGACUUUCUGCAGCAAGACUGUAGCAGAGGAGAUCAGGACACUCCGCCGUCAUCGCUCGAUCUGCUGGCAGCCACCUGCAGCAAGAUCGGGUCGCCCUGCUCUGAGGGCGACAACGGUGCUGCCGCUGUAGUGACAACAGAUCUCACAUCAGCUCAAUUAGCAGGGACAACGGAUAGCUGGGAAACAUUAACUCCCACAUCAACUGUGAAAGAGGAACCAGGAAUAGUUCACAUCCCGAGCACGGGGAUAGUGACAACCAAUGGACAAUAUGUUCUUCCUCUCCAAAGCCUUCAAAGCCAGUCCAUUUUUGUGACGUCAGGAACGGACACAAGCGCCAACGCAGUGCCUAAUAUCCAGUACCAAGUGAUCCCUCAGCUGCAGACUGUCGAUGGGCAGCUGGGUUUUUCCACCUCCGCCGUGGACGGCGCCUCUCUGGGCCAGGAUGGCAUGGGGCAGAUCCAGAUCCUGCCCGACGGGCAGAGCAUAAGUGUGUCGGGCACAUCGUCGGCAGACAUCCUCACCAACACGCAGAACCUCAUGUCACAGACCGGAAAGGUCCAGCAGAUCCAGGGAGUUUCACUGAGCAGCUCCACCUUCAACAGCCAGGGUCAAGUUGUCACUAAUGUGCCUGUGGGUUUGCCCGGUAACAUAACCUUUGUACCCAUUAACAGUGUGGAUCUGGACUCACUGGGACUGUCUGGAGCCCAGACGAUAGCCACGGGCGUCACGGCCGACGGGCAGCUGAUCAUGACGGGUCAGACUGUGGAAUCUUCGGAGAGCUCAGAUAAGUCGGGAGAACAGCAGGCUUCACAAACGACUCUCUCAGUCGGCGACGCCACUGCGGCCCAUGACGUGUUCGUGCCUACCACGUCCUCGUCCCAGCUGCCGGCCACCAUAGAUGGCACCGGCGUGCUGACGCAGGCCACGGCGGUCUCCGCGGUGACGGAGCAAGAGGGCUACCUCAGUCAGGGUCAGAACCAGAGCGUGCAGGUCAGCUCUGCUCAGCCUGUGGUCCAGCUGCAGCAGGUCCCCAUCCAGACCAGCGAAGGCCAGGGGAUCCAGCAGCCUGGCCAGCCCCUGCAGAACAUCCAGCUAAUCAACCCGGGAACCUUCCUGAUCCAGGCACAGACGGUCACGCCCUCCGGGCAGAUCCAGUGGCAGACCUUCCAAGUCCAGGGCGUGCAAAACCUUCAGAAUCUCCAGCUCCAGACGGCGCCGCCCCAGCAGAUCACGCUGGCCCCGGUCCAGACGCUGUCUCUGGGCGCGGGCUCGGGCCAGGUCAGCAUCAGCUCAGGGCAGAUCCCCAACCUGCAGACGGUCACCGUCAACUCUGUGGACCAGUCUGCCAUUCAGUUCCAUCAGACGGAGGAGACAGGCAGUCCCGGAGAUAUUCAGAUAAAGGAGGAGCCAGACUCAGAGGAGUGGCAGCUGGGUGGUGACUCCACACUCAACACCAGUGACCUGUCUCACCUGCGCGUGCGUCUCGUGGACGAGGAGGGAGACGGGAUGGGGCAGGAGGGCAAGAGACUGCGUAGGGUUGCCUGCACCUGCCCCAACUGCAAGGAGUCAGGAGGAAGGGGCUCUAACAUGGGGAAGAAGAAGCAGCACAUCUGUCACAUUGCGGGCUGUGGGAAGGUGUAUGGGAAGACCUCACACCUGCGGGCACACCUGCGCUGGCACUCCGGGGAGCGCCCCUUUGUCUGCACCUGGAUGUACUGUGGCAAGAGAUUUACACGCAGUGAUGAGCUGCAGAGGCACCGGAGAACACACACAGGAGAGAAGAAGUUUGUGUGUCCGGAAUGUUCCAAGCGUUUCAUGCGCAGUGACCACUUGGCUAAACACAUUAAGACUCACCAGAAUAAAAAGGCUCUGACGUCUGGGAGCGCGGUGGUCUCCAGCGCCGAGUCCGUCACCUCCUCUGACAGCGUCAUCACGGCCACGGGUGGCACCACACUCAUCCUCACCAACAUCCAGCCGGGCGGAGUCCAGGGCCUGGCCACUGUCACCGCCACCAAUGCCCAGGAGCUGCUGGCCAACGCUGAAAUCCCAUUGCAGCUGGUCACCGUGUCUGCCAGCGAGGCCAUGGAGUGACCCCCCCCC